UUAUGCAGCUUGACGUCGCUGGUUGCUCUCGACAGAGACCCUCCAUACUCCUUGCAGUUCCGACGUCUAACUGGUGCAAACUUGGUCCGUGACAGGCAGAACAUGGUCUGGUUCGUCAUCUCCAUUUUCUGAGGAGGCGGCGAGUAACCCUUCAAGAUUGUCCGCGAGGGACAGAGAGGAAGAGAAGAACAAGAGGAGGGAGUAAUCUCACCUCCACGGGUCCAGCACCAUGAAACUGAAUCCCCAACAGGCUCCACUCUAUGGAGAGUGUGUGCUAACUGUUCAGCUCAACAAUGACGAUUUGUCGCAUGCUGAGGGAAAAGAGCCUGAGGAGGAGGUGGAGUUUUAUCUUUUAUUCUCAGGAUCUACCCAGAGACAUGUCACCAGCACCCUGCGUGUCAGCCGUGUCACUCUGCAGGCAGUGUGUCCAGCCCAUAAUGUGUGUGAGCAGGUUUUGGUGACAUUAUGCUGGGCUCGGCCAGGUCGACCUGUGGACACACACUCACAAGAGACCUUCUGCUUUAUUCAGGACUUGGCCCUCGACAUGGCCAGUUUCCUGCUUGACAGCACAGCUCCUCAGGAAGCAUUGCUAUUGGAUGAUAAGCAGAUUCCUUUAAAAGAGUGUAAGAAGUUGGAUGAAAGCCUGGCCCUGGCCCUCAAACACCUCAGCCUGCACCACAGGACUGCACGCACAUACACACAAAUGGAUGUGGGGAGUCGGAUGAAUCACCAGACACACGCCAUCGCAGCAACAGACGCACAUACGCACAGUGACACUCACGGAUGCAGCGCUGAGACACAAAAGGAACCCUUGUCCAUCCUGCUGGACAGAUGCAGUGCUGUGCAACGGGGCCACCAUCUAUCCAGCCUUCUGCACUUGGCUGCCAGUCAUGGACUAAGGAUGGUGGCAAUGUUUCUCCUGCAGCAAGAUGGAAGCUUGGAGGCUCUGAGGAGGACCAAUGCUCAGGGACAAACUGCAGCAGAUGUGGCAGAGAGCAGAGGACAUAAGCAUCUGGUGGAGCUGUUCACACAGCAUGAGGAAACUGGAGAUAUACAACUGAAACCAAAGGAGCAACUGCACUUUUACCCAGAAGGCAAAGUGUUUCAGCGCCACGCAGACCUCGGUACCUACACCCUAACACUACUCGGUCAGCGGCAGAGAGAGGGGGGAGCAGACAGCAGGGAAGACCACCGCUUACAGGAGGAGGUGGAGGAACUGAGGAGACUGAUUCAGAUACACAGAGACGCAAAGGGAAAGUCCAAUUCUGCUGGUAUCAAAGAGGUCAGUCCUGUCCGUGGGCUGCAGCUCUCCUUGAAUGAACAACAAGAGAGCAGACAGGAUGCAGGUUUAGCUUUGGUAACUACAACAACAGAUGAACAGGGAAGUCCUCUGUCAUUGGAGGACCAAACACAAGGGGAGGACCCUGCUGUUGUCACUCGUGCUUCCUGUGCCAGUGCUCUUCUUUGUCAGAGUCAGGAAGCCAGGGGAGGGCGGAGGGGCGCAACAGCUGUCAACCCUCCUGCUGCCCAGAACAGGAAAAACAAAAAAAGAAAUGCAAAAACCACAAGACGUGCAACGGAAUCUGUAGGAAAAAGAAACACCCCAAAGACUAGUAGGGGAACUGCGCAGGGGCAAACCGAGACAACAGGAAGUGGACCAGAGAGAGAAGCACCAGCAGAGGCAUUUGUUUGGGUUGGUGACGGAGGAAAUAAAAAAUCUCAGCAAAGUUCCAGAGCAGAAGAGACUCCAUUUCCCAUAAAGCCUGUGUCUCCACCUGGAGAAGUUGGGACAUAUAUAGGCAAGCAGGUAGUUGCCUUGCCUACCCCCUCCAUUGCUGAAAAACAGGAAAGAGAGGAGUGGGAAGUAGAGGUGCUGAUUUGUGGACUGGCAACAGAAAGAGAAACGGUGACAGCGAGUCCCCCAGCAAGACAAGAACCGUCUACCUCACCUGUGGAAUUCUGUUUACCUCACCACACAAUAGUUGCCAUGGGUCAGGAACAAUCUCAAAGUUCCCAGGAAACACAGACAGACCAAGAGGAGCCAGACCAAGCUGUCUUCAGCCCCAGGUGCCCAGACACAGAACAAAAACACAAGCUCCUGUGGCAGGAUGGAGCCUGGACUGGAAGCCAAGAGGGAUCACCUUCACAUGAACGAGAAGGAUUAGCAAAAACUGUUUGGUUUCAGAGUGGAAAUCUGGAACUGGGUGCCAGUGAAGACUCCAACAGAAAGGAAGUGAACUCCCGAUCAAUAUGGUACUACAGUGACAAAAUGGAGGAAGAAAAACAUGAGCAGAUAAAAGUGGCAGAGUGUGAUCUGAAUACACCACAAGCUUGUGGUUUGACUUCUCCACAGCUGUUAGAACAUGGUCUUAGUUCUUGUCAGCUGUGUACAGCACUUAGUCAGCCACAUGCUGUUGGAGCACAGCCAGCACCAUCACAUGGGCCCGCCGCACAAAGACGGGAAGUACACGAAUCACAGCCAGAGAAGGAAGUAGGGCCAGAGUGGAAGGAGGAAGGAGUGGAGGGAGGCAAAGAGGAGGUCAGUAAAACAGUGACCACUUACAGCAGAAAGAGCAGUGAGACUACAGACAUCGAAGAGAGAGAAGACGAGAAGCCAAAGAGUGAAGAGAAAGGAGGGAAGGGACGGAAAAAGAGGAGACAGAAGAAAGGGAGGAGAGGAGGCGGUAAGCCUAAGCUUAGCUCUAGCUCUAGUGUUGAGUCUAAGAGUCAGAGUGAGUCACAGAGAGAACAAGCGACGGGUUUGAGUCUCCAGUUGGAGUCUGAAGCCAAGGAUCAAACGCUAAGGUCACAUAUCCAGUUUACAGCUGCCCCUGAACCAGCUAGCAGAGAGGACACAGUGGAAGACUUCAUGCAGCUCCCCAGGCAGACGGAGGACACCAGGGACACCACUGGACCCGUGUGUGACCCUCCACACUCACAGUCCAGUUCUACUAGUCCCAUAGACCAUGGGAAAAGAGACCUGAUUGAGGUCACAUCGUCACAGACAUUGAAGACGAACGACUCAUCUGAAGACGAGAACACCACAGUUUGUGGACAAGAUGGAUUUAACCCAGAUUCUGCUGCCACUGCCUCAGGCCUUGAUCAAAUGGACAACAUAAAGGUAGAUGGCAAGGAAAUUAUGACUAUGCAAGUAUUUGGAAAGGAAGUGUUUGACCGUUCACAGCUGCAAUCAAAGAUGACUGCCAGUCUGGUCCCACAAACAAUGGCUAAUGGAGGAAGUGGGGAGCUGUUAAUUGUUGAUAAAGCAUCUGUGAACCAGACAGGUUUGUUGGAAUCCAAGGAACUUUUUUCAGAUUCCAAAGAAACCAGAGAGCAUUUGUGUCUUGUGGUGUCCUCUGAACAGAAUAUACAGCAAGUACAAUCUUUGGACUUAAACAAACCAAAACAAAUAUCUGCGGAAACAGAAGCUGUGAGUCUGCCAUGUGAAGGUACAGCACUUCAAAUACAGGAAGGAAGGACUGAGGCAACUGAGGCGAGGGGCUAUUUAAUGCAUAAUGGGAUGCUGACAGAUCAGCAGUGCAAGGAGGAAAACAGACAUGAGCUGUUGGUGGGUGGGGUGGAAGAGAGUAAGAAUACAGUUUGGAAAAGGAAGAGUGAAGAAAAUGAUUGUGGAACAGUGCAUGGCAAUGAGUCAUCUUCCAUAGUCCAAAGGAAAAUGGUGGAGGAUGAGCACUUUCCUUCCUUAGACAUAGAAAAAACUUUAAACCACGAUAGAAAUCUAGUUGCAACAGCAGUAGCAGUUGUGACUGUAGCAAUAGCGUCAGCCAUGGUGAGCAUAGAGCUCAACCAGCAGUCACCAAGCAAAGACGUCCAAAAUGAUUUACCCUUAGCCCAAGAUGCUAACAUUUCCACUGAUACUUGUAGACGGCUGACAGAGCAUUUAUCUGGCAUCACUCAGUCUACACAGCUGACGAACAAAGACAGACUGUCCACUGUGUCACCGACUGAUACAUUGACGGGAGAGACCCAUUCUGUAGAGUUAGGUUAUGAAAGUGAGACAGAAAAGCUGCGAGCAGAACAGCUUCGUCUCAGAGAACAGGCAGAUGUCAGCCUCUCGAACACUCCUAGCCUCCAAGAACUGCCGAAAGAAACAAGCAAUGCAACUGCACAAAACAAACUCGCUUUAUGUUCAGUGCUGGAAGAAGAAGCUGGUGGAUUUUAUGCAGAGCCUGUGCCAGAAGCAAAUGAAAGCGUCACAGCCAGCACAGACAGCCAACCUCACGUGCUGACAGAAAGCCAACUUCCUUGUCCUGUUAUGGACACAGGGCAAGAUCCGAUGGACAAUGACCAAUGUCUGACAGAGAGCGCUUGUCCACUUUUAAGUUCACAGCUUCAAGAGAAAGAGUUGCAGGGUGGAGAUGGAAGUCUUCAUGUUGAAUGUCCAACUGUUUGGCGUGAGGGAGGAGAGCAGAGACAUGAAAGUCUGGAUAAUACAGAGGGAAGUGAAGGUACCAUGGACAUGUCAGACUCAAACUGUCGGACUGAGGAGCAUGAGAGCGAGCCACAGGUGCUUAAAACUACACUUGAGGAGGAGAGUCACACUUCAACACUUCCUGUCGCGCUAUGUGACCCGACUCCUGUGGCUGAUAACGGUCCAGACGAACAGACUUUUCCUGUGACUUUGGAAACAAGCGAAUACCAGUCAUCGCAGUCCGAAGUGGACAUGAACCCAGCUGUUGCCAUGGUUGAAAGUAAAGAUCAUGGGUCAGUGGUUGUGGCUGAUAUGGAUGCUUUGUCUGACAAGGACCAUAUGGAUGCAGUAGACGGAUGGAAGGAAAGAGAAAGGAAUAAGUUGGAAAGGGAACAGGAGGCAGAGAACACAGUCACAGUGAAGGACACAUCUGUCACAGAAGCAGAAUCAUUCCUAGUAGCACAAGAAGAGAAUGAACAGACCAGUAGAGACUUGGACUGCACACACACUCUGCAGAUUGAGAGGAAGAGAGAUGUUUUCUACCCUGUCCAACCCUGCCCUCAACAGCGUCCUGUGGCAGCAUAUGCAGACAUCCAUCCAGACAGAGAAGAUAGUCUGCCUGUGUGUUUGUUGCACAGUGACGAUGACCGUGAGAAAGGCAGCACUAAGCUGGACGACGGCGUCUUUAAAAGGCCUGACCCUCCCCCCUGUGUUGAACGUGGGGGCCGAGGGGUGAGCAACUCUGUCUCCUCUGCAGAGGAUGCAUUAAAGCUGGGAACCCCCAGUCCCAGUGAGGGGAUUUGGUCAGUGGGUGCACCUCACUCAGUGGACACCCAGAGCUGCAGAUUGUCCUUGCAGUCAGAAACUGAAGACCAAGGAAGAGACAAAGAGAUGGUAGGAGGAGGAGGAGGAGAAGAAGAAGAGGAAAAAAAAGACCAGCUGCCAGAAAACCCUGUUGCCUCUGCCAUCUUGCGAGUCUCUAUUCGAUCCAUGUCUCCAUUUCGUCGUCAUAGCUGGGAGCCAGUCAGGAACAACGCUGCUGCUGAAAUUACACGACGCAGUUCUUUCAACAGCCUGUUAGGAGAGUUGAAGAGACCCAAGCUCCACAGGAGAAGUGUAAGCUGGUGUCCAUCCAACCUACAUCAUCCUCAUCAGGAGCAAACAGACAGCAGAAGCUACAGUUUGGAGGGACUGGAGGUGCAGAGAGCAGGGUUCCAGACUCAAUGUCCCAGGCUGGGUGACCAGGAAGAGAGGACAGCAGGGAGGAGUUUACACUUGGACAGCCAUGAGAGAGGCUCGCUGGUCUCUCUCACCGAGGAGGAACAGGAGGGAGACGGCAGCAGCAUUGAUAGCCAGAAAUCACAUCAGGUUCUGUCAGUGACAACCAGCUGUCCUGCUAUGUUCCAUCAAAAUCACCAAAAUCUCACCAAAUCCAUCUCCAUGGUUCCCAUCAGUCACUAUGAUAUUGAGGAGAGCAGUUCAUUCUCCAGCACUUCCGGCUCAGUGGACUGCAGUAUUACAGAGGAGGAUCCGGGCCCUCUGCGGAGCGACACCGAGGGAAAAGGAGGCCCUAAGAUCAGGCGGACGUUCAGCUACAUUCGUAGUAAGAUGAUCAAGAAAGGCAAGGACAAAGAAAAGGAGAGAAGAGGUGAGAAGGAACAAGAGAGUAAAGAGAGAGAAAAGAAGAGUGCGAGUGGUCAUCUCUUUGUCGCAGUCAGUCCGCCUCUUUCCACAGCCUGUCAGAACUGCACCAAACCUCUGCACAAUAAGGACACUUUCCAUUGCAACAACUGUGGACUUCACGUCCAUAAGAGCUGCAGAGAGAGUGUGUCUGUCUGUGCAAAAAGCAAAGCAAAGCAGCAGCCGCAGGUGCCAGAUGUUUCUCCUGGGUCAGCUGGUAACGUGAGGAAUAAAUCUACGUCUUCAGCAUCCUCAAUAUCAUCCUCAUCCUCCUCCUCGUCACGUGAACGCUGGUCCACGGCAACCUCCCCGGAUGACCAGAUUGUGCUGAUGUUUCCACGAAGACACCCCAGCAUCUUCAACCCACACAGUAACCUGUCCAAGAGCAUUUCCACCAGCAACAUCGCAGGGUUAGAUGAAGUUCCACUGAAAGGCCUGAAAUUUUUAUCUCAGUCCACCGAGGCUCUACAUCCAGGGAAUAAAGUCAAUGCCUCAACUGAGUCUCUCCCUGAUGAAGGUUGUCCCAUCACACAUGUGCACACAAACGACACUGAGGUGGUAGACAAUCAGCUGAUGGAAGAGUUCGAGUGUGACGUAAAAGAUCUGGAAGCUGAUUCUUGGAGCAGCACGGUGGAUAAGAAGUUCUUGAAAACGUUAAAGAAAGAUGAAAUCAAGAGACAGGACGUCAUCUAUGAGUUGUACCAGACAGAGUUCCACCAUGUGAGGACACUGAAAAUCAUGUCUGAAGUCUACUCUAAGGGCCUUCAGAAGGAGGUUCAACUCGAGACUGAGACUCUGGAAAAGAUUUUUCCCGUUUUGGACGACUUGCUGCACAUACACACGGAGUUCCUCCUCAAACUCCUGGAGACGAAGAGAGCUUCAUCGGGUCAAGGACAAAAUAGGAACACGACCUUGAUCUGCCACAUUGGGGACAUCCUGGUCAAUCAGUUUUCAGACAGCAGUGCCAAUCGUAUGAAAAAAGCCUAUGGAAGGUUCUGCAGUCGCCACCAUGAAGCCGUUAAUCUCUACAAAGACCUGCAUGCUAAAGACAAACGCUUCCAGGCUUUCAUUAAGAAGACGAUGAGCAGCAGCAUUGUGCGGAGGCUCAGUAUUCCAGAGUGCAUUUUGUUGGUCACGCAGAGGAUCACCAAAUAUCCUGUUCUGAUCCAGAGGAUUCUCCAGCACACUAAAGACUCGCAUGCAGAUCACAGCGACGUGUGUGAAUCCCUGCGCUGUGUAAAGGAGCUUAUCUCGGCUGUGGAUAGUAAAGUGAACGAACACGAUAAGAAGCGCAGACUGAGAGAGGUCCACAGUCGCACUGACAGUAAGUCCAUCAUGAGGAUGAAGAGUGGUCAGAUGUUUGCUAAAGAGGACCUGAUCAGAGGGAGGAAGCUGCUGCAUGACGGAGCCGUGCAGCUGAAAAACUCCGCUGGACGACUCAAAGAUGUCCAGGCGAUGCUCCUCUCUGAUGUGUUAGUCUUUCUUCAGGAGAAGGACCAGAAAUAUGUCUUUGCUUCUUUGGACCAGCGCUCUACAGUCAUCUCUUUACAGAACCUGAUUGUUAGAGAAGUGGCUAAUGAAGAGCGAGGUCUCUUUCUGAUCACAGCCGGUACAGACAGACCAGAGAUGGUGGAGGUGUUAGCCAGCAGCAAGGAGGAGCGCAACAUAUGGAUGGCCAUCAUACAGGAUGCCAUGCACUGCAUGGAGAAAGACGACGACGACGGAGUUCCCAGUGAGACAGAAGAAGACAGGAAGCAGCAGGAGAACAGAGCAAAGGAGAUCCGAGAGCUUCUGCGAAGGAAAGAUGAGCAGAUCGUCUCUUUAUUAGAAGAAAAGGUCCUGAUUUUCAGAGAUCUGAGCACCUGUAAUCCUGCUCCAGAGGACACAAACCCACCAGUCCGACAGCGAAUGUUAUUCAGGGCCACACCUGAUUAUGUCACAAAGGGGGAACCAAUCAUAAAGGACGCCUUGACAGAAUUGGAAAACCUCCGUGAUUUGGUCGACACUGGUGUCAGUGGAGCAGGCUGCAGUGUUCCACCUGGUCUGACAGGUGGCAGUGUGGGACCAGUCUGUCUGCCCCGAAGAGCUGAGACAUUUGGAGGCUUUGACAGUCAUCAGAUGAACAGCAGCAAAAAUGGAGAAAAGGAAGAGGCAGAUGAGUCGCUGGAUCUCCGCAGGACUGAGUCAGACAGUGUGUUAAAGAAGGGAGCGACUGCCAGCCUACAGAUGUUGCUUAAGAGAAACAAUGGGCAGCUCCAUGACAGUGUGACAUAUCUUCACAACCUACUGGUUUCACUGCAGGCUGUCGUGGUGCAGCAGGACUCUUUUGUGGAGGACCAGCGGCAGGCCCUGGAAGACCGGCUGUCCACCGUCUCCUCCAAACACUCGUCAUCUUCCUCCCUCUCUUCCUUGUCCUCCUCCCGCCCCUCCUCACUCAUUGAACAGGAGAAACACAGGAGUUUGGAGAUACAGCGUCAGGAAGCGGCCAGCUUACAGAAACAACAGGCUUCACACCAGGAAGAAAAGAGGAGGAAAGAGAAGGAAUGGGAGCUAAAGGAGAAAUGUUUGGCAGAGCGGGAAAAGAGACUACUGGAAGAGGAAGAGGAGACGAGAAGGAGAAACCAUGAGCUGCUGGAGGAGAGAGAGAUGCUGCAGAGGAGGAAGGAGGAGUACCAGAGAGAGAUGGGGUGGCUGAGGGAGGCCCAGAGAAGGCUGGAGAGGGACGAGGAAGUCCUGAGGAGAGAUACAGAGAAACUGGAGGCUGUGAGAAAAGACAAGCUGGAGAUGUUUCAGAAGUUCCAGCGAACUUCCUCCACCAAUUCUGAAGACUCCAAAAGGUGCCACAGCUCUGAGUCUCUGGAUCUGGACUUAAAAGAUGCCUCUGAUGAGACAAAGGAGGUGGAGUUAUCAUCCUCGGCGCCGACCAAAGAACCUUUCCUCCGCAUCGGAUCCAAGAGGAUGGGCAAAAACUUCAACCCUUUUUCCUUAUCCUCCUCAUCUAAGGCUCAAGGAGCAGAGAAGUCCCAGGAUUCCCAGCUCUCCACCAAACUGCUGCAACUGGCUAAACCCAAAGAGAAGAAAGACAAGAAGAAGAAGGGGAAAAAGGAGGAGCACACACAGACGGAAAACAAGGUUACGAUGAUGUCAGAUCCUCCGAAUGAUGAAGACAUCUUCUUCUGCUGAGUACCUGGACGGCGCACACAGAAUGACCUUUUGGCCUGCCUGAGGAACCAGAUGACUGCCAGUGCCAGAAUGAGGAGGCAGAGUGCUCUCUCUGGACUCUACCUGGGCACUACCUGUCAGACUGGAAUAUGUCUGGAGUGGAUUCCCAGGACCUCAGACUGUAUGUGCAUGUGACCCCAAAUAUACAAAGAAAACAGUGCCAAAUCUCAACAUACAUUAUCUUAAGGCACUUUACAUAAUAAUGAAUAAGCACUUGGCGACAGUGGAGAGAAAAAUCUCCGAUCAGAUUGGCACACACGUCGAUCAUAUGUGAAGUGUCUGUAAUGUCUGGAGAUGAUGAUGAUGAUGAUGAUGUGGUGAUAAUGUGUUGCCAAGCUGGGCUAAGUUGCACGCUUGAGCCUGUACCACACCAGCAGUGCAGUUUCCCCCCAUUUAAUGACUCUGCUCGUGCAAGGGGGAGGUAAAGGGAGAGAAUUGUGGAGGAAAAAGGCAUGGUAUACACAGACAGUAAUGCACCGGACACCAAAAAUGACAAAAAGCAAAAACCUCUGUUUAAUUUCAGCAUCCUCCUUAUUAAGCCAAAUAUGCUGUGUUUCUUUUUCUUCUGCACACGCCCUGAAACUCAUAUUCCUCCCCUCUUAUCCAGGCACAGAAAUAAUUUAUAAGUUCUUGUUUGCACUGCAUUGAUUUUCUCCUCCUGUUCUCUGCAGUAAAAAAAAAAAGAAAAAAGAUGCACACUGUCUCUGAAGAGUAAUACUUCAGUCUAUUGUGUCAUUUCCUGCAUUGAUCUGCUGAGAGGAACUGACUUAUCAUGAAAGUGAAAGCACAGCAGCCCGAUGCUAAACCACCACAGCUUUCUCCUCACUGCCCUUCCUCUAAAUGCCAUUUAGUGGAAGGGAAUAAUGUCUCCUCCUCCUCCUCAGUCCUCAGAUUCAGAAGCAGUCAAACCAAAAGGGCGACGUUUCUUUGCACUUUCACAUCCCUGCAGCCACUUUCUGCAACAGCAGUAUAAAAAGAACUGUUAUUGCAUAUGAACUGUGCCUUAAUUUGCUUCUUCUAAAACAAGAGAGCUCUCAUGAUUCAUUUUUUUGUUUCAUGAUAAGCUAGGUCAUUAUAAAUGACAAAAAAAAAAAAUCCCUUUCCUUAGCCAUUGUUACCAUUUCCCUCCCUCCCUCCCGACAUCACACGCUGAUCAAAAACGCUUUAAGAAGGGGAGGAGCAUUUGUUCACAGCUUCUCAUGGGCAAAUAGGACCACCACUUUUGUGCAGUGCUGGCUCCUGUGGCCCAAAACCGCAGUAGCGGUAAUUUUCUGAAUGUAGAGCGAUUUAACACAAACUUUAACCAAAGUAUUUCACUGGCUGCAGCUUUAAGCUUCAAUUUUUUAUUGUAUUUUCUAAAUCACUUUUAAAAGGAUUUUAAACCAUUAAUUGGUGGGGAUUUAAAGACUUUAUUUUGUGCUGGGCUGGGUCCUCCUUGAUGAUUUCACUUGGGAGAAAAGGGAAAGCCUAUGUGUUACGGUCGAUUCUUGCAAGUGAGGGCAUGUAUGUGUUCGUGGAACAUGGAUGCAACUUUGCAUUUUGGAAUUUUAGGAAUUUGAAUUGUGGCAAUCUUUGCUGUGGCAAUCUCAAGUUUGGGAGCAUAUUAACUCGUUGACUAUGGUGAAUAUUGAACAGCAGUUUACAUACAAAACCUUGUUGUCUGUAGCCUGACCUCAUCCUUUAAAAGAUACAUGUAGCACAUGUAGGAGCAUUACUUAAUGGUCCCUCUUCUUUACGUUUUAUUGAUAAAGAAAUGAAUGAAUGUAAAAAAAACAGCACUUCACUGUGCAAAAAAAAGCUAGUUGGGAUUCCAGUCAGGCUGAAAUAUUUUAGUCUAACUGGCUAUUUUUUUUUUCCUUUUAUGUAUAUGCAAAAGAUAAAUUGUGGAAGUUGUCACGAAAAGACAACAAGCACCACAAACAUUGAGGAGAAAUAAACUCAAUAUUUGAUGAUCAUUGUGUUGAAUGGUUAAAAUGAGAAGUAAAACCCACAGUUUUCGGUUUACUGAGUGUGCACUAGAGUUUUAUUAAAAUUGUUCACAAGGGAUUUUCAAAAGCCACAUUACAGCCCUUUACAGUUUUUGCACUGUAUGUCAAAGAUGUAUUAUAUAUUUGUACUUAAAACACAAGGUACAAAUUUAAAUUUCACGUUUAAUGUUAAACAAAGGGCAAAUCAACUCUUGUAAAUAUUUUUGUGUAAAAAAUAUGACCUUUCAAAAGUAUUGAUGACUGGAUUUUAUUGUGGAUGUUUGUUGUUUUUCCUUUUUAAAUAAAACUUUAUUUAUCUGUCCUCUUCCUGUUUUGGAAUGUACAGUAAUGUUCUCUCUUAAAUAAAUAAGUACGGAGUUUA